CACCCAGUGGUCCACAAAGGCCUGUCCUGCUUGGAUGCUGCAUCUGUCAAGAAUGUGGAUAACACUUAUGACCAAGCGCUCCUGGCUUAUACGUAUGGCUUAGCGGGUAACAAGGAGAAAUGGAGAUUCUUUCUAGAUAAGCUGGACAAAUCAGCUAAAAAAGUUGGUGGCUCCAUAUACUGGGAGCGGAAAGACAAGCCUCUGGCAGAAAUAUCCCCCUCCUUCAACUCCCGCGCUGCCUCUGCUGAGAUUGAGAUGACCUGCUAUGUGCUGCUGGCGCUGCUCCAGGGACCCACCCUGACACAGAAGAAUCUAUCGUAUGCAGCUCAGAUCGUGCAGUGGGUUGCUAAGCAGCAGAAUCCAUACGGAGGCUUCUCCUCCACACAGGACACUGUUGUUGCUCUGCAAGCUCUGGCCCGCUACGCGUAUCUCACUUUCUCAAAAGACGGUCGGAACACGGUCACGAUCAGCUCCCCGGAACUUCCGAAGAAGGUUUUCCAGGUGGACAACAAGAACCGCUUCCUGCUGCAGCAGGUGUCCCUGCCCAGCCUCCCUGGCACAUACAGCGUGGAAGUGAAGGGCAGUGGCUGUGUCUUUCUGCAGACAACCCUGAGGUACAACAUCCACCUUCCCCAAAAGGCCUCUGGGUUCUCUCUCUCCGUGCAGACAGUGAAUGGUUCCUGUGCAGGCAGCUUCCUGCCCAAGUUUGACCUUGUCGUCUCCGCCAGUUAUGCCGGGAAGCGCACUGCCUCCAACAUGGCCCUGAUCGACGUCAAGAUGCUCUCGGGCUUCGUCCCUGUCAGGUCGUCCUUGCAGGAGCAUCAGAAGACUCGCACAGUAAUGCAGGUGGACACCAAGAACAACCAUGUCUUCUUCUACUUACGGAACGUGACUCAGAAAGAGAUCCGUUUCUCUUUCUCAGUUGAGCAAAGCUUUCCUGUUACUGAUAUCAAACCUGCUUCAGUGCACAUCUAUGACUACUACGAAACAGGUAGGAGGCCUGCCUGAGCCUGAGAAGAGACCU